ACCUCCUUCCAUCAUACAGAGAGGAAGGGCGCCACACACAAUGGGGGUGUUUUUCAUUAUCGAAUGAAAAACAUCGAUUCAUUCAGAGGGAGUACACCCAUUUCGAUUAAUCGAUUCGCGCAUCUCUAGUUUCGGCGUCAACAAGUUUUCGAAAAGUGCAAUUUGAUUGAAAUAUAAACACGAGACGUAAUUUCAAUCGUUUAUGGACACCUGAGGAUUACAACAAUAAGUCGAACAUCUUCAGGAACUCAUACGACACCGAAACGUGUGAAUAUCUAUUUGAAUCAAUUGAAACCUUGACUUGUCCUUAAUGCUAUGGGCUAACCUUUAAUUAACAUCAACAAAUUGUUGAAGAAUUGAUUCGGAGGUGAAUUCCAUCCAAAAGAAAUGAGUGUAACUCGAAAUAAUGGUGGAACCACAGGUGAUGGUCUCGAGGACUUGGGGAUCCCAGGUCCAGUGUUUCUCAGAGACGCCCUAACCAGCUGUACAGAUCCUCUCAAAGCAAUUGAAGAGUUUCAGCUUGAAAAUGGAGUAUUAUUACCUUCACUACGGCCAAUGUUGCCCCUGUUGGACCUCCACGGGGUUCGCAGACUAGAUUUUCAUCAGUCAGUCCUCGAGGAACUUCGAGAGAAACUUGUGAAGAGAAUAAAUGAAAUUGGAGCAGAGAGAACCACUGAAAAGAGCAGCGGAGACAAAAGAUUGAAGGAUAUGCUGUCGAAGAGCUUUGCUGCUGUCCGAGUUCCUGCACUUCGUCCUGUUGUCAUGUGCAUUCUCAGAAAUACCCCUCAUAUCGAUGACAAGUACCUGAGAGUCCUUGUGAGGGAGAAGGAACUCUACAAUUCUGCAGAUACUGAAGUCAAAAGACAAAUCUGGAAGGACAAUCAGAGUUUAUUUGGAGAUGAAGUUUCUCCCUUGUUUAGUAAAUAUAUUAUAGAGAAGGAACAGAUUCUCUUUGAUCAUUUGAAUCUGAAUAGUCUGUUUUUUUCUCCUUCACCCAAGGUCAGGAGACAGGGGGAAGUCGUCCAGAAAUUGGCACAUAUGAUUGGACACAGUGUUAAGCUGUACGAUAUGGUGCUGCAAUUUUUGAGAACUCUUUUUCUCAGGACGAAGAAUAUUCAUUACUGCACUCUGAGGGCUGAAUUACUCAUGGCGUUACAUGAUCUCGAAGUCCAGGACAUUAUUUCUGUUGAUCCUUGUCACAAAUUCACGUGGUGUCUUGAUGCUUGUAUACGAGAGAAGAAUGUGGAUAUCAAGAGGUCUCGGGAACUCCAGGGCUUUCUCGAUAGCAUAAAGAGAGGACAAGAACAAGUUCUUGGUGACUUGAGUAUGACCCUGUGUGAUCCUUACGCAGUGAAUUUCCUUGCAAGUAGCGCAAUAAAAAUAGCAUUGCACCUGAUAAAUGGGGAAUCAUUACCCAGAGAGAAUGCUGUGUUAGUUCUCCUCCUGAGAAUGCUGGCACUAGGACUGUCAGCAUGGCAAAUGAUUGAUUCGCAGGACUUCAAAGAGCCAAAACUGGACAGUCAAGUGGUGACUAAAUUCCUUCCAGCACUGAUGUCACUGAUGGUGGACGAUCAAAUCCGACAACUCAACUGCAAACUCCCCCCAGAUGAGCGAGAAAGUGCAAUAGCAAUAAUUGAGCAUUCAGGUCCUCCCCCAGAUGCCUGCCAAGCCUAUGCGCAAUUAUCAGGCGUAGCAGCAGUCCUCUCCAUGUACUACGCCCUCCACGUGGGUGGAGGAAUAGUGGCUGGAGGUGCGAGUGCUGCUGGUGUCUCAACAGUCAGUGGUAGCAGUUUAGGUUCAGGAAAAUCACGUGGUGAUGCUCGAGGUCUGAUGAGAGUUCUAGCAACUCUACCCAAUUGUCAAGCCCAACGUGCCUUUGAGGAUCCAUUUCUUCACACUCUGGUGUCUCUUUUAAUCCUCAACAUGGCAGAUGAAUUCUCUAACGAAUCAUUCUGCACAGUCAUCUUCGACGAAUUCUUCCUCGCUGGUCUUGGCAGGGAUAACGUCACUCGACAUUUACUAAAACUUCUGUGGUAUAUCUACCCCAAAUUACCACCAGCACGUCUCCACUCGCUGAUGAAGGCACUGCAACCAACGAGUCAGCACAAUGAGGCAGUGCACAGUCUCUACGAGGCACUUCGUGAGAAAAUUGGAAGUAGAUCCACUGAGAAUCUUCCACCAUCGUCACAAGGCAGUAGGAUGAGUCUAGAUGGACCAACAUCUCCACUCACCCCUGGUGUUUCACCAAUUUCUGGUAUCACCACACCUCCCAGUGUCUCAAGCCCCAUGAGACCACUCUAAAUUCAGAACUUUAUC